AUGGAGCCGCCGGCGCUGCCUGCGGAUGCGUGCGGCGGUGCUGGGGGCACCCAUGGGUGCUGUGAGGAGCACCUGGCCUGCCUGGCCCCGCCGGGGGACGCCCACCAUGGAGCCACCGCCGAGGGGGAGCACCAAGAGCUGACGGAGGACGAGCUGUACUGCCGCUGCCUGUCGCAGACGCUGUGCCACACGCCCACGCCCGUCACCGUCGGCCUCUACGCGCCCUGCGGCCAGCGCCUGGACUCGCUGCUGGGCAAGGUCACGGGCUUCAUGCGCCAGGAGAUGUUCCGCCGGGAAGAGGCCGAGCUGCGCCGCAGCCACCAGCGGCCCCGCAGCCCUCACGGCUGGGGCCUCCUCCAGGCCCUUUGGUACUUGGCCUUUUACAAGCCCAUCAUCACCGAGACCCACCUGAGGAGGAAGAACAUGGAGUUCAUCUUCAUCCGCUUCAGCGCCUGGCAGUACGCCGGCUGCGACAAGCUGUGGGCCGGGCUGGUCACCACGCUCUGCCACCACGUCCGGCACCACUUUGGCGCGUUGCCGCUCAGCGUCUUCCACGUGAUGGGCGCCAGGCCCCGCUUCGCCUCCGGCUUCAGCCAGCGGGAGUGGGCUCUGAAAACAGGCGCCUGCCUCAAGCUCUGGGCGCUGCUGCUGGUGCUCGGCGCCGGCCUCGGCAUCCUGCUGGUGGCCCUUUUGGUGCCGGGCAUCAAGGAGCACCACGCCCUGAAGGUGCUGGGCAGCGCCGUCACGUCGCUGUCGGGGUCCGGCUUGGUGCUGGGCGCGUUCUCGGUGCUGAAGAACCUGGUGAUCAGCGAGAAGCACAAGAUCGAGCGCCUGACGGACAGCGAGAGGUUCACCAGCCAGCUGGGCUUCAUGAGCAAGGUGCGCGGCGAGGUCGAGGUGCUCAUCCACUUCCUGGCCUUCAUGGAGAUCUUCGAGCGCCGCCGCCUGCGCGUGGUGCUGGAGAUCACCAGCCUGGACACGUGCUACCCCGAGAAGGUGGCCGGCGUCCUCAACGCCAUGAACACGCUGCUGUCCGACCCCGCCGCGCCCUUCAUCUUCAUCCUGGCCGUGGACCCCAGCGUCAUCGUGCCGUGCCUGGAGCAGACGGGCUGCAUGAAGGGGCUGGCGGACAACGGCUACCUCUACCUCAACCGAACCGUCACGCUGCCCUUCUCCAUCCCGCUCAUGGGGGCUCGCUCCCGCCUCAGCUGCCUGGAAGCCGCCGUCCAGACCAGGGAGGACCUGAUGUACCGAACCAUCGCCCGCAACGUGGAGCUGCGCCGCGCCAAGCACCGCAACGGCUCCUCCACACCGCCGGCGUCGCGGCACCGCGUCGUCCGCUGCAUCCACGAGGCCUUUCGCUGCCUCCACUGCAGGGACGACCCCCUGGCUCGGUACCUGCCCUCCAACAGCACCAACCUGCGCCGCAUCGUCAACACCAUCCCCAUCACGCUGCGGCUGCUCCUGCACCGCGCCGGCGCCGCCGCCCCGCCGCCCCGCGCCGCCGCCGCCUGGGUGGUGCUGGCCGACCAGUGGCCCUGCCGCCUCAGCUGGGCCCUGCAGUGCCUGGAGGACUCCUGGCAGCGCGGGCCGAGGCCGGAUUUGGGCGCCAGGUCUUUGUGGAGCGUGUUCCAGGAGCACGUCGGGGAGCUGAGCGGGCUGAGGCAGCCGCUGCACAACGUGCUCAGCCUGGACGGCGACCCCGAGCUCUUCCACAGCUUCCUGGCCCGUGACUUCCCCUUCAGCGCCCGCGACGCGCUCACCUUCCUCGGCGUCACCGUCAACCUCGACCACUCCAUCCGCCACAAGAUGAGCCUCCUGCGCGGCCUCGGCCGGCUCCAGCGAGCCAGCGCCGUGUCCCGCGGCGUGCAGUGUCCCCCCCUGCCCCAGGCGCCCUGA